GCCAAAAAGUAUGUUACCUGAUUUCUGAACAAACCUUAUUUAUGCGAAGUUUGGUUGGCACAGCAAUAGAAAUUCCAUUUACGUCGAAAAGCAGGUGCAAACAGAUUAACAAAACAUCGUAAAUAGGCUGAGCCACUAAUGGAGUGUAAGUGAAACAAAGGCGACAAAGAAAAGACACUAUAAAUAUCCAUCCGUUUGGGGGUACUGACAUCAGUUCCUACUUCACCCAAGGAAAACCUUUACAAUGCGCUCCCUAUUGGCUCUAUCGCUUCUCAUCCUGACCACUGUGGUCCUCCUGAGCGGCCCAACUUCCGCCCAAGGUACCACCACUACGACGACCACUGCCUCGGCGACAACGACCACGGAUGCUUCGGCCACUACGACUACGGAUGCUUCAGCCACCACCACCACAGGCUCUGAUACAACGACGUCUACCGAAUCUACCACGAAGAAGCACCGCCGCCGCCGCCGGCGUGUCAUCAUCAGGCGCGUGGUCAUCCGCCGGGGUGGACGCCGCCGUGCUGUCGCAGGAGAGACCGGCACUGGCCGCAGGCGAGUGGUGGUCCGAGUGCGAAGGACCGUGAACUAA